AUGGCUUUGGAUGCGCUUGCAACAGUCACUACCACGCCGCCGCCGUGCAGCUGCAAGUCUGCUGUUAGAGGAGGCAAACGUCUGGUUUUCUCAUCUGGUAAUUCAUUGGUUGCCGGUUCUUUGGUAAGGACCCGUGGGCUCGGCCCGGUGAUGGCUUUUUUCCCCAAUCCCAUCCAAGAGCCCAUUCUGAAGGAGGCGCUCAAGGAACCAGUUGCAUUCGUGGGAGGGAUAUUUGCAGGGCUCUUGAGGCUGAACUUGAAUGAGGAGCCUCUGAAGGAAUGGGUGAGCCGAACAGUUGAAGCCUCCGGUUUAAGUGUGGAGGAAAUUAGUAAAAACCCGGAUGCUGAUGAAGAAGAUGUGCCACAAGAAAUAGAGAUAGAAUGA